AAUCCCAGUGUUUGUGGCUGGGGCCCCAGAGCAGCGAUCCUGGGCGGGAUGGUGCGGAGGUGCCAGGCCAAAGUGUUGCCUUUUGCAAAACAUGCUGAAAUAACAAGAUUUCGUUCAGAGGCUAUUUCUGUGCCACAAGAAAUAAAAGCAUUGCAGCUGUGGAGUGAGAUAGAAAUGCGACAUCCAGGACUGGCUGAUGUCAGGAAUCGGACACUGGCUGUUCGUCAAGUAUUGCUAUAUGUCAGGUUUGGAGACCAGCUCCUCCUGCUUCAGUUGGCAGAUGAAACUGCCAUCAUCCCUCCAUUGGUGGAGGGUGGUGCUGUGGAGACCCUUGAGAAAGAUAUGAGUGAAGUUGAAGAGAAAUGUAAAGAUUUAAUAAAAUUCACUGCUGAGAAACCUGCGGUAGAUGAAGUCUGACAGUCGGUGACUUCUUCACUCUGGUGCAAUUUCCCUAUUUGUAGGGACCACAAGAAAUAACUU